AUGCCUCGGUCGGAAGAAGCCGAGUGGUGGGCAAAUGCUGUUUAUGCAGCCAUUCAGGAGAUUCCUCUAGGCAAAGUCACCUCUUAUGGCCAUAUCGCCUUGCUUCUGGGUGAACCUCAACGACCUCGCCAGGUUGGUGUUUGUCUCAAGUCACUGCCCGCUGCAGACUCUGGCAUGCACUUCAACGGCAGCACUGUCCCUUGGCAGCGAGUUAUCAAUUCCAAGGGGAUGAUUUCUCAUCGUGGUCCUGGUAGCGCUGCACGCCAAGCCGAAGCUUUGCAAGAGGAGGGUGUUGAGGUGACUUCUGAUAGUAUGGGUGAGAUGUAUGUGGACUUCUCCCGGUAUGGCUGGUUUCCAAAGCAGCUUCCGAGUGGAGAAAACGAUGAUGGUGAGGAGGAGGAUGAUGACGAUGAUGUGUGA